GCUCAAUCCUCGGUCCUCUCACUUUACUGGAAAAGUUCCACGGGACUCGUUGAGGACUCGGGAUUCGUCGAUUUGGCUUAAAACCCGAACAGAGCAAAAAGAAAAACAGUCAGCUGUGUGAGCGUCACGCCAUUUGGAUGUAAAACGGAUUCUUUUUGUCUUGGUUUCCAUCGCGCGAGCGUCGCUCUUUUGCACAAGCGAGAAGCGGGCGUCACACCCCGGCCAGUCCGUCGGUCCAGCCCUGCCCCGGGACGCAACUACUGCUAUGGCCGCGACGACUCGUCCUUAACGGGGCUUGUCGUUGUCCAGCUCAGCCGGGUUCAACAGGAUCCGGAGGUGCUCCCCAGUGCAAGAUGAAUGUGGCUGUGGCCGAGCGCUGUUUGAAGAGAUUAAUAGACGAGUCCCAGGAUGCGUCGCCCAAAUGCAAAAGAGUCUGUCCGGACCUUCCGCCGCUGCCGCCGCCUCCUCCCGACACGAGCGCAGCAGUUCACCUCAGUCCGGUCAAAAGUCGCUCCCCUAAGUCCAACCACAGCCAAUCAAAAGUCAAGGUUGGGCCUUACUUCCUGUUUGAGCGUUGCGAGGGCGAGGACACGUACAGAGCGGUGCACGCCGCCACACAGCAACAGUACACGUGUCAGAUCUUGCCCCUGCACAGCUACCAGGAGAAGUUGGCGGCCUACGCCCGGCUGGGUCACCACAACAACAUCUGCGGCCUCCUGGACACGGUGAUACGGCCGGAUGGCGCCUACCUGUUCCUGCCGCCUCAUCACGGCGACAUGCACGCGUACGUGCGCAGCACAAAGCGCCUCGGCGAGGAGGAAGCGGGGCUCCUGUUUGCGCAGAUGCUCGAGGCCGUGGCGCACUGCCACCGCAGCGGCGUGGUGCUAAGGGACGUCAAGCUGCGCCGCUUCGUCUUCACUGACAGAUUCAGGACCCGCGUGGCCCUCCUCGGCCUCAACGACUGCGUCAUCCUCCAGCCCGGCGAAUCGGACUCCCUCUCGGACCGCCACGGCUGCCCCGCCUACGUGGGCCCCGAGCUACUGGCCAGCGGCAAGGCGUCGUACUCGGGCCGCGCCGCUGACGUCUGGAGCCUGGGCGUGUCCCUGUACACCAUGCUGAUGGGACGCUACCCCUUCCAGGACACCCGGCCCGCCGCCCUCUUCGCCAAGAUCCGGCGCGGGGCCUUCAGCCUCCCCGCCUGGCUGUCUCCGCCGGCCAAGUGCUUGAUCGCAUGCAUGCUGCGGAAGUCCCCCGCCGAACGCCUGCAGGCGUCCGAGCUGCUGAUGCACCCGUGGUUGAGCGGUCGCCGCGCCGCGCCGACGGCGCCGCACGCGAUCCUGCUGCGCGCUUCGGGCCGGGCGCUGGAGUUGAGGCAUGGGGAUGACGAAGGCGGUGACCAGGUGGUGCCCACGUGCGCCCAAAAGCACUAACGAAACAUUCACGAACUUGACACUACUCCAGAGUCCUGGAUUACUUGAGCCUCAAGUGCCUUCAACCCCACCCCCCCAGCAGCAACGGCUCUUUAUCAAACACCAAAAAACUGUACACUAAAUCCUAAUUUGUGGUCUCGAAGUAGGGACGGUAAAUCUCGUAUAUUUGUGAGUGAUAGGGAAAAGACAUACCGCCCUUUCUCAAUAAAGGUUUCGAAUUGCCCCUGGAGGCCACAAAAUGGCAGCAACCUAUUUCAACAUAGUCACUUUACAACAAGAUGCCACAAGCAGAGCGCGAUUUUCACCGAGAUGAAACUCAACUCACUUCAACAAGGUGCCUUGACAACAAGAUGGUGGCAAGGCAUUAGUUUUGUCUGACUGAAACGCCACAACCCACAUCAACAUGGUUCAUUGAUGCCGGCAAAACGCGAUUUUAGUCUAAAUUAAACUCGUGGUGGUCUCCCAAAAGAUCCCAAGACCACAGUAUAAGGGAGCAGGGAAUGAGUGACUGAUUCUCAACAGCAUAGCGGCUGUUAUGUGAAACACCCUAAAGACACCCACAAGAUGGCGCCAAAGCCGUGUUGGAUAGAAGUCUGCUUUGGCACCACCUUGUGGCAUUUUGGUGCCGGGGAACUAUGCUGGGUUGAAAGACAAACCUAAUUCCUUACCAGUCGGAAAGUAGUGCUUUGGCGCCGUUUUGAUGCUCGUACAGGCAAUUCUAAACAUUUUUAGGGGGAUGUCAAUUACUGAAUAUUUGCUGUUUUAGGCAGGGUUCGUGUUGCGUCUCCACAAUUUGAGUUUAAGUAUUUGAAAAUGUCAACUUCUCAGUGGAAGUGUUUUGCCAGAUUUUUCCCUCAACACCACUAGACUUGGACGUGGGUGUUCCACAAUGUUGUGUGCGUUGAUGUUAAUGUUCCGGGGGCGCUCCAUCACAUACAUAUAGUCUACCUCGGUUCCUGUCAUUUAGCUUCCUUUCUCCGAGCUUUCUCGUCCCUCAGCAGGCUGACAUGCGGCCGCUCCACAGUGUUGUGUGACAACAUGCGAAGUGGUUCGUUUUCCAAAACGAACCGACUUGGAAGCAGGCGGCGAUCACGAGAGUCCUGCUGGAGCCCGCUCAACAGCUGCACAGUGAAUAAAAAU